CAGCGCCGCAAGGACGGCGGCCUCACCGUGCCCUACCGCGUGGUGGACAACCCGCGCAAGUUGGCGCCCACCGACUGGGAGCGCGUCGUCGCCGUCUUCGUCAUGGGCCCCGCCUGGCAGUUCAAGGGCUGGCCCUGGGGCGGCAACCCCGUUGAGAUCUUCGCAAAGAUCUGCGCGUUCCACGUGAAGUACGACGAGAUCCGCCUGGACCCGAACGUCGCCAAGUGGGCGGUGCACGUGAUCGAGCUGUCUCGCACGAAGCGCCAUCUGGACCGCGCAGCGCUCAAGGCACAUGAUCAAGUACAAACCUCAUCUUCGGUUCUGAAGAAACUGUGAGCCGUACCAU